AUGAAUAUGUUGGAUGAUGAAGAUGACCAAAGCUUUCACGCUACGCGUGACAGCUACUCCCAUUUGAGCGAUGUCGAAUGGGAUGCGGUUGAACGAAUGGGUUCAACCAUGGGCAUCCAUGCUGUUAGCGUCAUUCUAGAGGCUCUCAAUAGAGAUGCCGAACAUGCUACUAUCGCCAAGUUCAUUCAAGAUGAACUUGACGCUGAACGCGAGAAAUUUGAACUGUUGAGACAGCAGCAGGCUGCUGCUGGUGGGUCGAUGCACUCGCGUCGACCCGAGACUUUGAAGAUUGACAUCUCAAAGUACAGGGGGGUCGAAGAGGACUCCCUCUUGAGAUGGUUCGUCGAAUUGGAUGACGCCAUAAGGGCGCGUCGCAUCGACGACGGGGAUAUGCAAGUUGCAUUUGCCCAGUCAAAUCUGGCAGGACGUGCCAGGACUUGGGCACUGGGGCUCAAGUUGCACGACCCACAUGCGUUUGGGUAG